CCACAGACAGGGCUGAGAGCUCCACGACCACAGCUUCAAUCCACCUCGAACAUCAAUCCGCCCUCUUUGUCCAGUGGGCCAGAACAUCUCGCGUCUCCGGCACCCUACCCUCCAUAAGCCGUCUCGACACCACCAUACUCGCGACACAAUCACACAGCUCGCUAUGACGACCCCGUCGCCAGCCUCAUACCAGGGCAGGCCCAGCGUGCGGGAGCGCGUGCGAACCGUCCUCGACCGUGUUAUCAGCCCCGACGUCAGGCGCGCGGUAUACACCAACGUCCGCGGUUUCGCUCACGACCAGCCUCUCCUCGCUUCCUUCAUCCUCGCACACCUCCUCCUCUCCCUCCCGCCGCUCCUACUCUUUGCCUCCUUCGUCCUCGGCGUCUCGCUGCUCGCCGCGCUCGCCGCGCUAGCAUUCACACUCUUCUGGACGGGGCUGGCGCUGCUGGUGUUGUUGCCUGUGCUGUGCGUGACGGGCGCGCUGGGGGUUGGGGUUUGGGUGUGGGCGGUGGCGACGUAUGGGGUUGCGCGGUGGGCGUGGAGGGUGUUGCCGGUUAGUGGAGGUGGAAGGGUGGAGGUUGGAGUUCCGGGGGGUAGGAGGGGAGUAGUGAGGAAGGGUGAGGGUGAUGGGGUGGAGGUGGAGGUGAAAAAUGGGGAGAAGGGGGAGUAGCGUGGGAUGGAGAGGGGGUUUGGAGUUUUGACGGGUUUUAUAUUAUGGAUUGGUAUGGGACGGCCCUGGGAAUAUGGGAUAUGAAUUAUGAUUAAUCGCUCCGUGCUGCGCUGCACGGAAGAUAACUUCAGGUGAGUUAAUGUGAUAGUGGGUAAUAUGCUGGGGACGAAGGCUUCAUCACAACAUCUUUGCGGACAACAUUGCAACGUGUACACCUCACGAAUCCCAUGACACGAUGUAGUCUUUUCGUUGUUUUAAUUGGCCGAACUUCUUCAUAAAACAGACACAGUACAGCUUUUUCAUGGCCAAUUCAAUGCCGUUUGUCUUCAGG